AUGGGCAAAAAACAGAAGAUGAAAAAGGCAGCCGCCGCAGCCAAGGUCGCUGCUGGCGAUGCGGCCAAGAACAAGAACGACCACAGCUGUUGCAGCGGCGGCGGCAGCGCCUGCAGCAACGCCGGUUGCUGCGGCAAAAACAAGUGCGCUGAGAGCUCCAAUUCGAAGACAGAUCUGAGCUCCGUCAAUAUGCAGAAUCUGAUGACUCUGGCCGAACAUCUGCAGGCCUCACCAAGUGGCAAAUGCAAGAGCCAGAAAUCAUCCGGCUCCGGCUCCUCGGCCUCGGACAGCUCUGACAGUGACGAUGCGCCAGGAGAAGCCGCCGGCGCGGCAGGCGGAAGGGAGCUGCAGCAACAGAAACAAUCGGGGGAUGGGCCGUCAGAGGUGUUUGCGAUACCAAAGUAUUCGCGCGGCGAGAAGAAGGCGCGUCGCUUGCUCAUGAAGUUGGACCUGGAGCCGGUGCCAAAUGUCUCUCGCGUCACCAUGCGCAAGGCCAAGAAUGUGCUGCUGUGCAUCGAUCAGCCGGAGGUGUUCAAGUGCCCCAACAGCAAGACUCUCAUCUGCUUCGGCGAGGUGCGCAUCGAUAAUGCCUCGAAUGCGGCUGCCGCCCAAGCAGCCGAGCGCUACAUCAACGACGUGAAUGUGCAUACACCCCAGAUGCAGAAGGAUGGCAGCGAGGGCCUCCUGGAGGACCAAGAGGGCGAGGAAGUGGACAUCGAGGCACUCGGCAGUGAACUGGACGAGAAGGACAUUGAGCUGGUCCAAAUGCAGGCUGGCUGCACGCGCCUCACGGCCAUCAAGGCACUGAUCAAGCACAAGAGCGAUGUGGUCAAUGCCAUCAUGGAGCUGACUGUGGGCGUGGACAUCUAAUCACCGUCUACAGCGCGAUUUGCUGUCUAAAGUGUCGCCGUUAAAGUUGACAAUUAA